CAGAAUAGUAAUAUAUAAGUAGCAUAUCACAGAAUGCAAGUUUUAUUCUGAAUCGAGAGGGAGGGAGAGAGACAGAGAGAACAAGGAAAAACGUGUUACGUAGUAACUUUGAUCUAUAUAAUAGGAAAAUGACGAGUCUGACCGACAUAGAUGAGAUCGUGAAAACGUGGGCGUGGGACACCUUCUCGAAAACGACAUCUGGUAAAAAACUGAACUUCAAACAGGUUCGCCUUGACGUCGUCUGGGACAAAGUUCGAUUCAGGUCCGAAGAGCCAAUAUUUCAGAAAAAGAAACACGCAGCGCUUCCUCAUCCCCAGACUCUGAUGGUCUCUACAUUCACGAACCGAACAGAACAAGUACAAGAACACACCCUCAGAACCGAAAGACAGACGGUGUCGACGUGCAAAACAUCAAUCACCAAUGGCUUCACCAAGGGAUACAACCUUGGCCUCACCCUGGCGGUCCCCAACGAUGUUCUACAAGCCACAGUGGGGUACGGAAAGGAAGUCACUGUUCAAAACAGCGAGGAGGACACCAUACUGCGGUCAAUCACGUGGUCCAUAGACUCGACCGUGAAGGCGCAGCCCCGUCGUGAAACCACCGCCAAGCUGGAAGUGCAAGUGCAUGAGUACAGCGCCAACUUCAGAGUCAACGUCCACAUUACCGGUACUGUGCUGGUGAACAUCUUUGAUAUUGUCGAAAACAAAGUCCAAAUGACGGUGGAGAACGACAUAGCCACGGUGCUCUACGACGCCCGAAGACGAAAUACAGAACAGAUCCCAAGGGAAGUGGACUUUAAUAGGCGGGACGUAACCUGGCCCGUUUCUGGGGUUGUUGAUUUUAACUAUGGUGUAUCCCAGAAUAUUGAAGUGGCCUGAGAUACAGACAGUUUAAUAACAUUGUGGACUGAACACCCGUCGGAAAGAACUGCUGACUACAACUAGUUGACACGAUUAUUAGACAUGAUAUUAGAAAUGUAUGAUGUAUUUUUCUUUCCAGGUUUCUUUCUCUUUCUCAUUUGGUUUAUUCACUCAGUUUUUUUUAAGUCACAUGAGUCGAAAGUUCAAGUGACCUGUUUUCAUUUGUCAUCGUGCGUCACACACACACACACCACACACACACACACACACACACACACACACCCUUUAAGGUCCUGAGUGGUGGGGGAAAACUAAGCCUUUUUUAAAAAUCGUCUCUAUCUAAUUUGUGAAUGCUAAUAAUGUCAGGUCCCCAGUUUGUCAGAUGUCACGGGAGGGGGUGAAGCUUACAAGAGUUAUAUAAAGAAAUACAUUAAACCGUAAUUCCAUCCGAUCUAUUAUACCAUGUCAUACUAAAUUUGGUAGGAAGCUUCCUUGACCCAUGGAGAAGCAAAUUUGUGAAUGUGGUCAUUCUGACCCCACCCUACCCCAGAAGUCUGAGGGGUGCGGCCUAAGGGGGAAAAACUACGACAAUUUGUUUUUAAUCUGCUCUUCCAUAACUGUCAAACCUUGACACAUGGAAAAAUAAAUUAGUGAAUUUGGUCAUUCUGAUAUACCCCAAUCACCGAAAAAUUAGGGGCGGGACCCAACAGGAAACAUAAGCUAUAACUGAAUAGUCUUCGUAUAUAAAAAAGUAGAUGGUUUAUCAAAGUUGUUUGUUCCCGAAGAGGGGUGAUAUUUACUAGUCGUAUAGAUAACUGCAUUUAAACUGUAAUUUCUCCACAACUACUAGACUAUUUCAAGCUAAAGUGGAAAACUUCCUUGACCCAUGGAUAAUCAAAACCAUGAAUUUGAUCAUUCUGACCCCCCCCCCCCCCCCCCCCCCCCUUCCCUCGGAAAAUGGGUAUCCACGAAUCUGGUAGGCAGGGUCAACAAUUUACUCAGGUGACCGUUUGGACCGAUGGGCCUCUUUGUGUUUUUUAAUGCUUUUGUUUGUUUCUGGGUUUGUUUGUUUGUUUGUUUGUUUGUUUGUUUUUCUUUUUUAGAUAGUUAUUCUACAAAGAAUUUCUGUAUUUAUGUAGAUGUCUUACUUUAGUACAGCGAAAUAAAAUUAUAAGA